UAAAGCGUUUAAUAUAAGAAAACUAGCACGAGGAUAUUGCUUGGAACCUUCUACUAUAUACAUGUUGAAAAUUCAAACAUGGCUCAUACGGUUUCUUUGACUUUUCUUCCUUUCCUUCUAUAUCUUCUUAUAAUGUUUUCUCAAUGAUCAAAGCCGGCACAAACCUCAAAUCUUAAAACAAAUACAAAAACAUGUCUGUCUACGAGGGAAGACCAUUGGUGAUGGAAAUGGAAAACAAACAAGAUUUUGAAGAUGUCAGCGGGUACGGAUGCGGGUGCGGAUUCUUCCGAGUUUUCACAUCGGAAUGGUGGCGACGCCACGACGAAGAAGGUAAACACCUACUAGAUGAAAGGAGUGAAGGAAUUAGAGGAGAAGAUACAUGGAUGAUGGAGAAGUUGAAGAAGAUGAAGGAAACAUCAGAAGUGAUUGCUGGUCCUAAGUGGAAAACAUUUAUUAGAAAAAUAAGUGGAUAUGGAAAAAAGCAACAAAAGAAUAGGUUUCAAUAUGAUGAACAUAGUUAUGCUCUAAAUUUCAAUAGUGGAGCACAAAGUGAAGAUGAAGAAUAUUUGCCUCCAAGUUUUUCAACCAGGUUUUCUAAUCCUUUUCCAGCUGCACGUCGCCAAAAUGAAACAUAAUAGAUGUGUAUUUAAUGUUCUUGUACUUUACCAAGAUAUGUUGAUUUGAUUCAUUGAUUUGUCUAAAUUUGUUUCCAUGUUAAUAAUAAUUCUUCUAUGUUUUCAGUAUAAAGUAAACUAUGUAUUCCAUAGGAAAAAGUUAGGGAAUUAUGUAUUGGAAAAGUAUAACUGGAAAUUGGUAUUCUAAAAGUAUAUAAGAUGUAUUGACGACGCGUUCAAAGUA